GGGGAGGGGAGGGUCCGCCGGAGCCGUCUUCGCUCUUUGGAGGCAGCCCGGAGCCAUCGGCGCGGCGCCCAGCCUCCCUCAGUCGGGGUGGCGUCCGCAGGCUCCGCGCUCAGUCUAGCUCGGGGGGCGCUCGACGGCGGCGCGAUGGGGUUCCAGCGCUGCUGCGGGCGGCGGCCCCGAUCCCCAGACCGCUUCCUCCUCCACCUCCAGCUCCUCUAACGGCAGGUGCCGCGGCGGGGGCUUCCCCCCCGAGCCAUGUACGCCAAGGGCAAGGGCUCCAGCGUGCCCUCCGACGGACAAGCGCGCGAGAAGUUGGCACUGUAUGUGUACGAAUAUCUCCUUCAUGUCGGGGCUCAGAAAUCUGCACAGACCUUCCUCUCAGAGAUCCGGUGGGAAAAGAACAUUACCCUGGGAGAACCACCUGGCUUCCUUCACUCCUGGUGGUGUGUGUUUUGGGACCUAUACUGUGCAGCACCGGAUCGGCGAGAGACCUGUGAGCACUCAAGUGAGGCCAAAGCUUUCCAUGAUUAUAGCUCUGCGGCUACUACCAGUCCUGUGAUGGCGAACCUGCCCCCCAGUGACGCCAUCCCCAGCGGGCCUAUGUUGUCGGGCUUUUUUCAGGGACCACCUGGCUCCCAGCCAUCCCUACAUGCUCAAGCUCCCAUGCACAAUCCCAAUGCGGCAAUGAUGGGACCCCAUAAUCAGCCAUUCAUGCCUUCGCGUUUCCCUGGUGGGCUCCGUCCUUCCGUUCGAAUGCCAAGCCAGCCAUCUAUGGGUGUGUCUGGCCAACCUCUGAUGUCCAGUGCAAUGGAUCCGGCAAUCCGAUCACAAGUAGGGCAUCCUAACAUGGGCCCGAUGCAGCGCAUGACCCCACCACGGGGUAUGACAGGAAUGGCUCCACAGAAUUAUGGUGGUGGCAUAAGACCUCCUCCAGGGUCCCUGGUAUGCCCUGGUAUGCCCACAAUGAACAUAGCUCCGGGUGUUCGAGGAUCCUGGCCAAACAUAAACUCAAACUCGGUAUCCUAUUCCUCCUCUUCUCCUGGCAGCUAUGGGGGUGGUGGAGGCCCCCCUGGUACCCCUCUCAUGCCAAGCCCUGGAGACUCCACCAACUCUAGUGAAAAUAUGUACAUGAUGAACUCUGUUGGCCCUCCACCAAGCCGGCCUGGGUUCUCCAUGGGGCCAAGUCCAGAAGGUCCAAUGGCUGGAAUGAGUGCCAUGGAGCCCCAUCAUAUGAAUGGAUCCUUAGGUCCAGGUGAAAUAGAUGGGAUGCCCAAGAAUUCCCCGGGUAGCAUGGCCAGCAUAGCUAACCCACCGGGCACCCCGCGUGACGACAGCAGCAGUGAGAUGGGCAGCAGCUUCAUAAACCCCUUCCAAAGCGAGAGCGUAAGGGCCUGCGUGGAGCGGCGGCCGCGGAGGGGGCGGGGAUCUCGGGGGGCACGUGGGGGGCGGGGCACCCUGUGGCAGGGUCGGACUGGGCUGUCAGUGCCAACAGCUAACAGUGCCAUCUCAUGCUGGAAGCAGCAGCUGUCAGAGGUGUGAAGAGGGGGCCGGUGCCCCCCCUCCGUGACGGACCCUUCCUCUAAUGCUGUGGUGUCUCCCAUCUGUCUCCCCAGUAUUCGCCCAGCAUGACUAUGAGCGUGUGACCCGGCCCGGAUGCCCAGUCCCAGAAGAGCCAGACUGAUGGCCCCCCCCAGGGGUCUUAAUCCCCCUGUAUUUAAUAACAGCUUCCCUUGAUUGCUAGUCUCAGCUCCCCUGCCCCCAGUCUGGACUUUUGAUCCCCGCCCAGGUCACCACCUGCCCUCUUUAACUGGUACUCAAUAAACUGUAGUGGCGUGAGAAUGGUCACUUAAUCAAGUGGGAGAGCCGAAGGUUUGAUAUGCUGCACAAGCGGACAGUUACGAAAGGCAGGGAGAUGCAUCCUCUCCUGCUGGACUGCAGCAUCCCUUACCCCGAGGGGUUUAUGAUGAUCCAUUGGACAUUGGGACUAUCGUCUACUGUGCGUCUUUGGACUUUUAAAUUCUGCAUUGUAGCAGGAACAGUUUGGAAAGCUUCGUUUUGGUCUCUGUUCUUAAAACCUGGUGGUAUUAGUUGGGGGGAAAGCAUGUGCAUCAGGAAACAUGGCUAAGACUCUUCCGGAGUUUUGGAAGUUCAGUGGGAGGGCUAGAGGGAGACACAAAAAGCCCCUUUUGGUGAGCUUGGGAAGUAAAUGGGGAAGAGGUGGGUGAAAAUUGGCUGCCACGAGAUGUUUGAAUUAAUUUGGAGGUGUGUGGACUUGACUGCCAAUGCAAAAGUUUUUGAGGAAUGGGGAGACUCUCUUCUCUCAUGUCUUUGGUUUCCUGCCUAUCUUCAUUGGGCUAGAAAAUAUAUAUAUAUAGCAAAAUUGUUUCCUAAUUGCACAGACUUCCAUGGAAGUAUUCUUGAUUCUGCCCAUAUCGGUUGACAGAGACUGUGUAGUACCAGAUGCUAUUUGGAGGGGUGGGGGGGGAGAGAUACCUAAUAUUGAACUCAAGGUGAAUUUGAGCUUGUUUCCUGAUGACUUCACAAAAAUUUCCAUGUUGUUUUCUUGGCAAUAUAGCAUGGAAGUAUUUUGCCAUUGCAUUCUUCUGGGAUGUAUUUUCAGCUUCCUAAAGCCUUGGGAUUUCUUAGUGGUCUCCCAUUCUGGUAUUAACCAGAUUAAAAUCUGCACAGCUUCCGAACUUAGACAAGGUCAGCCAGAUGCUGCCACCAGCUGAUCUACUAGUUGCUAUGCAAAGACACAAAUUUAGGAUAGCAGUUAGUGUUUUUCCCUGCAUCAUGUUUUUAGCCUUUUUCAUUUCUCUCUCUCAAAUAUGGUGUUUUGAACACCUCUGGCAUGCCUUUUCUGUCACCCCUGCCAGCAGUAUCUGAAAAAGAAACUUGGCGCUGUAAGAGAACUUUAUGGCAGAGGUGGACAUUAGAGAUUUCCCCUGUUCUGUCUUCCACCCCUUUCAGCUAAGAAGGUAAAGGGGAAACACUGUGAGUGACUUGUAAAAAAAAGGCUACACCUCCAUCUCUUCCCAACAUUAACAAGAAUAUAAAAUACACCUUUGACUGUUUCUUCAAAAGUCAAUCCCCCAUCUGUCAGCUUUCAGAUACUUCCUAUUACAAUUCCUGCCAUCUAUAGCCAGCAACUUUGGGUGGUGGGAGCUGAAAGCUAAGACCUGUGAAGAAAGUCAUGGACUCAAGGAUGUGUCAGUGAAUACACUGCUUUGGAAGAGAUUUAAUCAUUUGGCCUGUUCUUAUACGUGUUAUCAAAGGGACACAACCUUUGUGUAUCCUCCGUGAUAGAUGGAGAUGAAUUGGCCCUUGAGAAAGACUGAACGGGGCUAUCCUUUUGAGGUUUAUAUUGUGAAAGUGGCAACAAUGUGAAAGUGAUUGGCCUUUGCCAUCUGGGAGGGUUGACUUCCCAGUCUAGUCUAUAGUUCUGGAAUGUCCUGAAGGUCUCACAUCCAUGUGCUAAGCGGGCCUAACCUACUCACCUUUUUUCCUAAGAACCAGCUGUACCAAUCUCAGCCCAAGCAUGGGUGAUUUGCCACCAUCAUAGCUGGACAGCUUUUGAGCUCAAGCCAAGGGGAGCCCACUUUCUCCUUCAUUAUCAGAGGACUCUUCCAGCAGAAAGUUUACUCAAACAUGUAACCAGUUUGUCUUCUUGGGUCUUAAAUUCAUUCAAGCUACAGAGGUCUUGACUUUUAGUGGUACUUGAAGAGUGCCAUCAUAUUUUUCCCUUUCCUCCUUUGCUUUUUCCCCUGAAGGCUUAACACACCCAACUCCCUUCAGUCUCUUCUCAUAGGACUAAAAUUCCUAUCAAGCCUAUGAGCAGCAGGCAAGAUCAAGAAAGAGGAAGACUAAAACUAUACUUUACUGAUCAGGCUACAGUUAACAGGAUUUUGCAAGUCUGCCCAUGUUUUCCCUUCCAUCCUUCCAAUACCAGGAGGAGCCAGUCUGAAUCUUUUUCUAAUACUUCCCCACCUACCUGGGCUUAAUGCAUGCUUCAGCAUUUGUGGUUGUUUUGUGGGCUAUUCUGUGUCUUCUUCAAGAUCAUCUCCGUUGUCCCUACAGUUCCUGGCCCAAUGGGCCUACCUUUCCCCUACUUUCUUUGAACUCAUUCCAGUUCGUUUCUUAAAAGUGGUGGCAUCCAGAACCAGACUGAACAAUGACAUCAUCUUUAUUAUUGUCAUCAUCCCCAUCAAGUCUGCAAGCUGAGAUGCCCGAGGGCCUAACUUUUCCAGAAAAUACUGGGAUUUGAGAUCUCGGCUUUGAGAUCAGCCAAAAGAGAACUGAGUCAUUCUGUUUUGCUGGGUUAGAUAUGAGUGAUCAUUACAAUUCAUAGGCAUUCAAAGGGAGAAAAUGAAGAACGUAGUUGUACAGUACUCUCGUGACCCAAACUUCGCCCUUUAGUCUUUCAUGUUCCUAAAUACUUUGGUAUUGUGAUUAGGCAUGGAUGCCUGUGUUAUUAUCCACUGAACUAAAUCAGCAUAAUCUUGAAUUAGAUUUGAAGUCUGAGAGACGUGCUGGAAGAGGUCACCUACAAACGUGGGAACAAAAGCUAUUUCAGCUUAAUUUACCUUUGAGUCAAACGAACUGAAGACGAUACGUAGGCUUUCCAUGUCCCUGAUAAACUACCCUCUCCAGGCAUAUUAAAAAUUAAAAGGAAGGGACAGCUUUUAAAGGGGCGUUGAGUGGUUGCAGAUUUUGCAUUCCCUGCUUUAGAUCUGCUAGUUCUAGGUUUUCUGAAAAGAAAACGCUAGUUCUGGAUUCCCCCCCUCCCCCAAAUGAGCUCUUUCAAAUGCCAUUCUUCACCAUCUGCUUUUUUUAUAGCCCAUCAGCCCUUGUUCCUCUUACAUGGGCUAAUGCUAUACACUAUACUAAAAAAUAAAAAAAACCAGGCACAAAGCUCGCUUCAUUUAUGUGAGAACAGCUCUGGCCACAGAGAUGCAAGUAUGAGAGAGCUAGAUUUAGAAUGGGUUUACCUCUCUGAGGCCAUUACUAUUUCAGGAAGAUCCCCUCUUCCCACAAGCCUAUGGUUUCAGCAGCUGAAUUUAGGUGGGCACAAAGAAACAAUCUAUAAAUGUAAGAGCAAUUUCUAGCUGAUCGCAUCCUUCCCAGCUCUCCUUGGAUGCAGCUUGCAGUCCUUUCUCCAGCAUAACUGGAAUAGGAUACUGACUCACUCUCCCACCCACCACCAUCAUUUCAGAAACGUAAGAACUCAUGUCAGUGCCGUUUCUAAUGCCACCCUGAAGAGAAACAGGUACAUUCCAUAGUAGCAAUGCAAAAAGGCAGAAAUCUAUCACCCACCCAACAAUUUAUAUAAAAACAGGCUCGUUAUCCUAUCCGUUCCUCCCUAGGAAUUUUAGCAAGAAGGCGGGGAGGGCUCUUCGCAUCAUGUUCUCAUUUCUGCCUGGUUACUCUGUAACUUCCAAAACCAUGUUUACACUUAGCACUCCCAAAACUCUGGGAUAUGUGUGAUUCUUUUAAUAGCAAAUGAUUUCUAUGUAAAGAUUUGAGGAUUUGGAUUGUAUAUUCCCAUUUGGUACAAAGCUUCCUUCUGAACUUAACCUAGAUCUGUGGGCUGGGGAAUAAACGUCCUCAGUCGGUAUCUUAUCAAAUUCACAAGUCUCAACAAGUCAGAAUUGUUUGGGAGGGGAUAUUUCUGCAUCUCAAAAUGUUGUAAUAUAGCUUCUUUUUUCCCCACCCA